UAAUCUGUCCGUCCAACUCCGAAAACUCCGGAACGUGCCCACCGGCGCGCCCUCGUUGCUACGGACGCUUUGCUUGCAGCUAACGGGAACCAACGGAAGUACUUCCGGGUUCAGCAAGCAGCGCUGUAGUAUCCACGUGAAUUACAUGAGGUUACAAAGUAAGUAAACCACUUAGAUUUACAUUCAAUAAAACCUUUUGCAGCUGCAUUAAGAUGAUCACACUGUCCGGCUGACUAAGAUCGUAUCCUACACGGUAAAGUGUUUGAACUUCUUCUUCUGCAAGCCCGGCUGUAUGACAUUUAAAGUUAUGUCUUCAUUCAAGUGACUAUGUUAUGGACGAGUCCGCUCAUGUAGAAGCAGUCAGAAUGAAAGUGUGUUUAUUUACUUUAGGAAAAAUUGUAGAUCAUCUUUGACUGGGUAUUUAUUUCCAAUAACAGAUAUCAACGUGUUUGAGUAGGGGAGAGUGGGGUAAGAUGAGCUAAAGGGUAAGUUGAGCCACCCCCUGUUGCUUGGAAAUGGUAAAAGAAAUUGAUCAUGUGACCAAAUAUUUAGUAGAUGGGCAUCAAUUCAUGGAGUCUGUAAAGGUUAGAAGCACAUGGGUGAAGGGGUUAGAUAUUUAUUUACAAAAAACAUUUUUCACUCUUGAAAGUGAAUUUAAUCUGUCAUAAGUUUUAUUAGAAUUGUGUUCAGACCAAAAAAGAUCAUUUUAAAGUAGUAGUAGAGAUCAGGCUCAAUUUAACCUGCUUCUAUGGUCAACUUACCCCAUACACGGGGUAAGUUAAGCAUAGGAGGCCACUUUUUUGGCAUGCUAUAUUAUCAAGACAGUUAUGUUUACACUCAUUCUGUUGGUUUGCAGGGAUGCACAACAUCUUGAAAUAUAUGCAGAUACACUAGUUAGAGACAAAACUAUGAUUAACUUGAUGUAGUGAUUCGAAAUAUGAAAAUGGCUCACCUUAGCCCACUCUCCCCUACAGCUAAUUUGUGAUGACAAACAAAUACAUGGAAGAUAUGACAAUUAUCCAGGCCUCUGGACGUCCUUGUUAAGGGACUGGUAAUGUGUCACAAAAUUAGAUGGCAGAAGCCUGGGAAUCAGUAAUACAACAUACAACUAAGAGCAAAUACUUAUUUUGUAUGUAGUCCCCAGCUAGGUCAUGACAGUUUGGUCUUAAAUUUGAAUGUCUUAUCGGUUUUUCCGUUGUCUGUGAAGCAAAACAGUAGUCAAACAGCAGGCUUUUCAUUAUCAUGUCUUUCUCUGUUUAACAUCAGGAUUGUUUCUAUCUGAUGUUUUUAUUCAUUAAUGCAACUGGGAAUGCAUUUGACUGAGCAUGACAGUAAAGUCUAAUACAUAAUUCCUCAAGGGGGCAAUAGAUCCCACCCAAUCCUAGCCUAGCCAAUCCAAGCCCAAUCCAACAUAUUAAAUGAAUGUAAAGCUUGCAUGGUCGACAACUGUUUUAUGUGUAGCUUUGAAUUGUCAGACACACACAAAAGCUGUAUAAUUGUUAGGUUUAGGAAAAAGGUUUUAUCAUCCAUGUGCUUAGCUUUUUCUAAUGAGAGAUCUUUGAGCAGUCCCAGCCAAAGCUCAUCCCUAGUUGGUGUCUACUGCUCUCACUUUCACCUAGAGAUACAAACUGUGAUAGCUUAAUUCUGAAUUCAGUUUGAAUUUUAUAUUUGUGUCUUACAAUAUCUGUUUUCUGCUUUCAGACGAUCCAGAGGCGUGUUGGCUGCUAAGAGGCCAGUGGAAAAGUGAAAAUGAAAAUGAAGGAAGAUAAAAGUGUGGAAAAAUUGUUAAAGAAGAAAAACAAGAAAGAAGACACCUCUGUGCCUGAAAACAAUAAAUGUACUGAUGAGGACGAGACAUCCCCAGAGGUGAAAAAAGAGAAGAGGAAGAAGAAGAAAGUUGAUGUAGUUAUUAUGGAGGGGGAGUCUGUAGAUGAAGGUGUUGUGAAAGAGGAGAAGAAAAAGAAGAAGAGGAAAAUUGAUAUAGAAUCUCAGAGUGAUGCCAAUGGUACUGAUGUCAAAAAUGGAAAUGAUGAAGUCUGUAAAAAGAAAAAGAAGAAGAGGAAAAUUGAUAUAGAAUCUCAGAGUGAUGCCAAUGGUACUGAUGUCAUAAAUGGAAAUGAUGAAGUCUGUAAGAAGAAAAAGAAGAAGUUGGUGAAUGAUAAUGAGAACCAAGCAGCAACUUUAGAAAAUUCAACUCCUUUAAAAGAAGAAGGUUUAAAAAAGAAGCUAAAGAAGGAGAAGAAAGCCAAGAACAAGUCUGCACAGAUUGAACCAGAAAAUCAGAUUGAGAAGGAGGAGGUGGAAGAACAAGAAGCUGGAAAGGAUAUGCAGCCAGAGACAAUAAAAAGGGCCAAAAACAGUGUUGUUGAAGGCGCAGAGACUACAGAGAAAGUUAAAGAAAAGAAGAAGAAAAAGAAAGACACUAGUGAGGAAAAUGCAAUAACUAAGGAUAAAACAAGUGUAGUCAAAAAGAAAAAUAAAGAAAAAACAAAAGAGUCUGAGAACGAAGUGGUGCUAGAAACACCAGAGGGGGAGACUGCUGAGGUUCAUGAGGUCAAAUCAAAAAAGAAGAAGAAAAAAUUGGCUGGAAAUACAGUUGAAUCCCCCCAGAUCAAAGUGGACACUGACAGUAUUCUCAACAAGAAAGACAAAACCACAGACAGCGAAACUGAGGAGACAGAGCAAAAGAAGAAAGGAAAAAAAGAGAAGACCAGAAAAGCUUCUGUGGAGGUCAGUGAAGAUGAGGAGAUGAAGCCAGAAAAGAAGAAAAAGAAAAAAGCAGAGAAGAAGGAACAACCAGAGCUUCAAUGUAAAGAAGCUGAGGUAGAGAGUUUGGACACAAGCAAAAAAAGUAAGAAGAAAAAGAGCUCCGUUAGUGAGGAAACUCAAGACAAGAGCUCUGAAAAUGGUGUGACUAAGAAGAAGGUGAAAAAAGAGGUGAGAGACAAACAUGUAAGUUAGUGGCACUUAACACUGUCCUUGAAUGUUGUUGUUACAAUUUUGUUUUUGCAUUUCAGAAGUUACCCCGAGAUGAUGCGGUCUUCUCAUCCAAAAAAAUUGGCAACACUGAUGAGGUAACCAUCAACCAGGUCAACAUGGCAUCAGCGAUCAAACAGAACUGCUACACUGUAACAUUUUGGUGUCUGUUGUAAAGACUUCAACAAUUUUGGGGAACAAAGUCUUACUCUUGAGAUCACUGCGAAUUAUAUGCAGAGAUAGUCAAAGGGCGGAAUAGUCAGUUUAGGACCAGAGGUGGAGUCAGAAACCAAACUGAAGCAUCGACAAGCACAGCAGUGGCUGAAGUUUAUGUUUACACAAAAAUGAGUAAAGUAACUCAACAAAAUAGCAGAUUCAAAUCUUUUCAACUUCUUGAAAAACAUGAAAACAAUUAUGUCCAAAGUCUAGAGCCACAUUUUUACAGGAGAGACAGUACCACAUUUAAACACACAGAAAGUACUAGAAGAAAUCAAACUGGCCUACUGCAUAAUGUGAAAACUCUGUUUAUGAUUAAUCUAGACUAGGGAAUACUAAUCAUGUGAGAGACUGGAUUUUUAAUUUUCAGGAGAUUUAGGUCAAAGUGUUGUGUAUUAUUAUUAUUAUUACUACUAUUAUUGAUUAAAAGAUUGGCAAUGGAAAAAAAACUGAUUGAUGCACAUAGAUUGAUAUUGCAUAAAAAGACGAACAUGUCCUCUACAAAUAAUUGUCUAUUUUUUAAAAUUUAAUUUUAUUGAUAUAUUAAUACAAGAGUUAUAUCCCACCACCAAUUUAAAAGAAGUAAAUGUCCGAGUGUUGUAACACAAGUUUGUGUGUGUCUCUUUAAUGCCUUGAAUCAAAUGAUUAUUUUUCUUCAUAGGACAGAGAACAGGCUUCACAGGUGGUGGUCGACCAGGUGUCUCAACCUCAGAAUCCAGCCAAACCUGCGGUCAGUUUUUGAGUUUUUUUUUUUUUUCCAUGGAGGGUUCCCAAGUAUUUUUUUUUCUGUGUUACAUGAACGCAUAAAAAUAAUUAAGAAAGAUUAACCAUCAUGUCAUACAGCAGCAGCAUCUCGUAGCCCAGGCUGCCUGAACUAUGUCCUCAUUUUUCAAACAUCAUUUCUUGUGUUUGUGAUGCAGGUUUUGUAAUGUAGUUUCCAAUGUUUCAGACUGAGCAGUUUUUCUCAAAUAUAUCUUGAUGACUUCACCAGAGUGUUAUGUAACUCUUUUCACAGCCAUGAUGAGUAAACAGGGCUCUACGCAUACAAGCAGCUGAGGGCUUUGAAGGUGCCAAGUUUUUGAUAUUUAUAAACCCUGUCUUUGUUCUUCAGGGUUUUGGUCAGUGGAGCACAGCUCAGUUCGACAGCUCUGACCAGCAGCAGAAGUUCCUCCGCUUGAUGGGCGGCUUCAAAAAGAGUUUUCAGCCUGCUUCAGGGAGCACUGGGGCUGCAAACAAGGCACUGGGGAAAGAUGCACAGCAGCAGUUGCAGCAAGGACUUCUGGGAGAGUUUGAACGUGCUCACUCUCGUAGACUUGACUUCAGUAGCAGGGGCGCAGGGCUCGGGUUCACUCCACCGUCCAAUAAGAAGUUCUCCAUUGACGUUAAUGCAUGUCGAUCAGUGCGCUUUGAUGAUUGAGUGUGUUUGUGUGUGUGUUUGUACAGAUGUGGCAGUUUUUUAUGUGUAAUUCCAUCUGUAAAUGUACAGUGAGUUUGUGUAGUUUGUAUAAACUACAAACAAGUCACAUCAGACUUCCUUUAAAUGUAUUAUAUAAAUUAACUCUCGACUUUGCCAUGAAUACAUUCUGUAAAGUCUUUCAGUGUGUGAGACCCAUCUGUAAAAAUGCAAAAUACAAGUUUAUCAAGUGGUUUAAGUAGACUUCUCUUGAUCCUGACUUGAUUCUACAGGUACAAAUGAAGAUGCAAAGUCACAUUGUUGACAAUAAGCUGACAUCCCCAGCGAAGUUCAAUGAAGAUGCUACAAUUUGAGUUGUAACACAAACUCAAAUUUACUCAGAACCAAGUUACUAAUUUUUUGAAGGUGUUCCAGACAAAAUACAAUUCCUGAUCACUUCCUCAUAACCUGCUAAAAGCUGAAGAAAUAACAAGGGGUUUAAGUAUACUGAUUUUACCCAGAUUGUCAUCCAUUUGAUUGCUUUAAUGUUCAUGUGAAGACAGAGGACUUGAGUUUACUGAAGGUCUUAAAAACAUGUUUCUGCCGGUUGAUUUGAAAUGCAGCUGUCUGGGGGCUACUGAGGAAAACGGAUCACUGAAAAUCACUUAAAAUUUCAUGGCUGAGUUAAAAGUGCAUUUCUAUAAACCCUUCUAAGAAAACAAGGUCACUCACAUCCAUGGUUUUGAUAGUCAUUUUAU